AACGGAGGAGCGAUGACGAGCAUGAGUUAUGUUUCUCGGUGCGCCUGUCAACGACACCUGCCAGCCGUUAUGCUGACGAUGACGCCGAUGUGUGGUCAUGCUAUUACCCACGGCACAGGUCUGCACACCUGUGAGUCUCUACACCUGCUGCUUCGCCAAGUGGUCGUAAAGCACUCAGUCCUGCAACUGUUGAUGUCAGGUCUGCACUUUCUUGUCGAAACUGCUGUUUCCUGAGUCCCACUCGCCUUUAGUUCCAUUUGCAAAAACUGGAGCGAAAAAAACUUUCCGGCCGGAGGAACCAUGAGAACCAUCUUUCGGUAUGCGGCUGCAUCAACACUCCUAGCAGGAAUAAGCCUCGCGUUCACAGUUAGCUCCCCAAACCUAACGUCCACCCAGCCAACCACGCCAGGCAACUCUUCGGAAAUCGAGCUAACGACCACAUCAGGUGUAGGACCUGAGGGAAGCAGCGGCUCGGAUGAGGCCAGGCUGAAGGCCAUGAGAGCCUCGUGUCUUUUGCAAGCCAACGUCAGCGAGAGCAUGGACUUCACGUGCAACAGGAUUCUGCUGGUGCACUACAGUCUCAUGGAGUUCUGGACCCACCAUGGGUCUGGGGAAAUGUGCCAGCGAGAGGCCGACUACAAGGCAGCCAUGGAGUGCGUCCUGGAGGCCAGCAAGAGUUGUCUCCCUCCUGAGAACGCUCUCCACUUUCCUGACAUCGAGACCGCACGUGCUGGCCUGCAGUACAUCUGCGGCGUGCAUCAGCAGUUUGACGUGGACAAGUCUUGCGCACGGAAGCACUUCCCAGAAGUCUUUGACUGCGUGAGACGGGACACUCUGCUCGUGGUGGGUGGAAGCUACCUGCAGAUUCCUAUCCAACCACAUCUUAUCUGCAGGACGUACGACAUUGCCGACCUGUGCUGCUGGGAAAAGCUGCAGGUGUGUGGCUCGACGACGGCCGCAGCGUACACGAGAGUGAUGUCCCUUUACUUGCGACCGCCAUCUUGUCGCAGCCGCGCCGCCAUGAGUGCUCCGGUUCCUGCUGUAACUGUUGUCGUGAGCUUGAUCAUCAGCGUCCUCUUCGCACGAACCUGAUAAUAGCUGAUUUACCACACAUAACCCCUUCUCUCUCUCUCCAUCUCUCGACCUCUCGCACGCACAGACACACGCAUGCAAAAGGACACGCAACCACACACACCCGCGCGCGCACCACCCCGCCUUACAGAAAAAAUGUACACACACAUACACACGUAAACUUUCAAAAAGGCUUUCCGUUUCCUCUGACCCUGGAGUAAGUGAUAGCCUUGCGGUCGUGUUCUACGGCAGUUGUUCUCCAUUACUAAUGAGCUCGGGCAGGUAACGUCCCACCCUUCCCAUAGGUGUGUGCGGUGUCCAUGAAAGAUAUAAGGACAUGGGACUCUGGUUUUUCAAACCCUUACGCGGGUUUACAAUAGGAUCAAGCCUAACAAAAGGGGAGAUGCUAUACCGCCGGCUAAACAAUGGAUCCACCCUCCUCUUCUUUUCCUUUAAAGAAAGGUCUGAAGAAAGAACACCCAAGCAUUAAACAUACAAAUGUUGAGCUUCAAGUCUGCAGCAUACUAUUUCCAGACCUAGGUAGACGGGCCUUCGGGGUAGCUGGCCUGGGGUUGGAACGUACAGGCCUUCCUCCCUCCGGAGUUGUUGGUUUUUGUUGUUUUUUUUUGUGUGUGUUUUUGUUUUGUUUUGUUUUGUUUUGUUUUUUGUAUUGAGCGGGGUAGCACAAGUUUGAUCCUUUAAUGUCAUUUUUCCUCAUUUACUAACCGCUCACGUGUAAACAAUGUUCAAGUAGUUAUGUAAAUCCUAAAGUAUACUUGCCCUAAUGUUUGCAGUUUAUAUUUCGUUACUGAAUGAAAUGUAGAUACAUGUAUUGACAAUCAAAUUAUAAGCAUACUGUGAAAACUAUUAACGAUUACAAUUACAAGGGAACUGGAGAAGUCAUCUUCCCCUGGACCAGCGCUGGCUCUCUGGGUAGGAUAUCACUAUAUUAUAGAGUCAGCUUCCUUCAAUGCCCCUUCAUCCCUCUCGGUGAAUGUCUGAUUUCACGAGACGAUACCAGUGUAAGCCCCCCGAUGAGUUUUCUUGGACCUCAGAAGUCCCGCAGUUCCUCCUCAUUUAAUCUUCCACCAUGAAGAAAAGAGAGAAUGAAGAUAAGAAUAAAAAGGAGCAUGGAGUGAUAAGCGUGUCACUCUUUAUGUCCACUAUUUCACGCUCGCAGAGGAAAAAAUGCACACAAACCAUCAGGGGCAGUAAAAAUAAAACUGUUACCCCUCCACUCCAACAUAUUCGAUAUUAAACUAGUCAAAUAUAUAAGCAAUGAGUUGAAGAAACAGGCCACUUAGGACUGAUGAAGAUCAAACUUAUUUUGAAAGCCUACCCAAUAUCCCAUCUAGGAUUGCAGACAAUUAUAAUACAAUAUGCGACAGUUACGUACAUAUUGACAAUAAAUGGCAAUCAAAUAACAAUAAAUAAAUGCAUGAACUAAAUAUUUU